AUGUUGAACUCAAACAAUAGAUCCUUUAUAGGUGCCUUAUCAGAUAGACAUUCAGCUGAUUUUGUUGCCCGUGGUUGCGGAGUUUCACUGCUGACGACGGCAGCCGGCCUUCCCAAUGAAAGCUGUCACCAAGCCAUCGGCGUUUGUGAGCAAGUCGGCGGAAGAGGCUCCUGCUACACAUGUAAGGAUGAACAUAUGUGUAACCUCGCAUUAUCGCUUCCCUUAUUAGUAACGGUUCUAAUCAAAGCCACAAAAACAUCAUCGCACCACUCAGUCUUCCGUCUAAAACUCGCACUAUUUGUACAUGGGAUCGCGCGUCUUCCGCUCACGACAAACUCAGAAACAACAAUGAUGACAUCACGGCAAGCAAACUUUGAAUACUUCCUGGACUUUCAAAGUUUGUCCAAUGUAAGAUGGUGUGAUGAAAAAAGUUCUCCUGCACAGACAGCUACUAACGGGCACAAGUAUUCGAAAAUUACAUAA